UUCGCCGUGUGGCCCCUCGCUUCUCCAUCUUACCUGUCAGCCAUGAAAUCAUGCCCGGGGGCAACGUCAACAUCACCUGCGUGGCCGUGGGUUCGCCCAUGCCAUACGUCAAGUGGAUGCAGGGAGCAGAGGACCUCACCCCUGAGGAUGAUAUGCCUGUGGGCAGGAAUGUCCUGGAGCUCACAGAUGUCAAGGAUUCUGCCAACUACACGUGUGUGGCCAUGUCCAGUCUGGGAGUCAUAGAAGCUGUUGCCCAGAUCACGGUGAAAUCGCUCCCCAAGGCUCCUGGGACUCCAGUGGUGACAGAGACAACAGCAACAAGUAUCACCAUCACCUGGGACUCUGGAAAUCCAGACCCUGUGUCCUACUAUGUCAUUGAAUACAAGUCUAAAAGCCAAGAUGGACCAUAUCAGAUCAAAGAGGACAUCACUACCACACGCUACAGCAUUGGGGGGCUCAGCCCCAACUCCGAGUACGAGAUCUGGGUCUCUGCAGUCAACAGCAUUGGGCAGGGUCCUCCCAGUGAGUCAGUGGUCACUCGCACUGGGGAACAAGCUCCUGCCAGUGCCCCCCGUAACGUGCAGGGCAGGAUGCUGAGCAGCACCACCAUGAUCAUCCAGUGGGAGGAACCGGUGGAGCCCAACGGGCAGAUCCGUGGGUAUCGCGUCUACUACACCAUGGAGCCUGACCAGCCUGUCAGCAACUGGCAGAAGCACAACGUGGAUGAUAGUCUGCUGACCACGGUGGGCAGCCUGCUGGAGGAUGAGACCUACACAGUGAGGGUCCUGGCCUUCACCUCCGUGGGAGAUGGGCCUCUUUCCGACCCCAUCCAGGUGAAGACGCAGCAAGGAGUUCCUGGGCAGCCAAUGAACUUCAGAGCAGAAGCCAAGACCGAGACAAGCAUCGUGCUGUCGUGGAGCCCUCCACGCCAGGAGAUCAUAGUGAAGUACGAGCUCCUCUACAAGGAAGGAGACCACAGCAAGGAGGUGCUGAAGAACUUCGAGCCAACAACCUCGUUCACUGUGGAAGGCCUGAAACCCAACACUGAGUAUGUCUUCCGACUGGCUGCCCGCUCGGCUCUGGGCCUGGGGGCCUUCACCCCGGAGGUCCGAGAGCGUCUCUCCUUUUCCCACCCUUCUCUGAGGGGACGACAGUCAGGGAGCCAGAGAUGGUGGGCACAGGG